UUGAACGAUAAAUUAUCAUUAUUAUUAUUCAAAUUUGAAAAAUGCGACUUUCAGGUGGCUUAUAGUUGCCCUCUUCCACAAGAAAAAUUUUGCGAGAAUUGUAUGCAUGUGCUAAAAACUAUUUAUGGACAUUUUAGUCGUCGAAUUCCAAGUAAACGUGCAUUGCGUCAUCAAAUAACCCGUCAGUUUUAUUUAUUUCAGUAUAGACGACGGUGUUUGACAAUAAUAAAACCAAAUUAUGAAAUAGCAUUUGUUCAUAUGACGAAGGAUCCUUUUGUGGUUCUUUUGGCAGGAGAAACCCUAUCAGUAAACUAA